AUGACAUCUGCCAAAAGGGAGUCUACAUCUCAAGGGGGCCUGGUUGAUCAACUAAAAGAAACUUGCAAGGAAUUGGAAAAUGGUAUAAGGGUGGCCAAGGCUAGAAAAGAAGCUUUAGAAGUUCUUAUCUGUAGCCUGGAGAAGCAAGAAGUAGAGAAGGCUGGGAAGGACUCAAAUACAAGACCAAAAUCCCAAUCCAGUGGCAGCUCUGGAAGCUUUGAGUGUUCUAAAGAUGAAGAUGAAGGUGAAGGCAAGUCAAAAACCACCACCAACACCAAAGAAACGAAAACUCAAGGACCCCGAGUUCAAGCAGUCGAAUCAGAUGAUGGUAAUCUCUUGCCAGAUACCUCCAAACAAGCCAAGAAGAAAAAGAAGCAAGCAAAGACCUCUGAUGCCACUUCUCAACCAAAAGUUGUUGUCACCAAGGUUCAAACCAAAAAACCUACUAUUCUGAAGGUGCUCGAAGCUGAUCUUGAGUUUGCUGCUAAGACUACUCCUGAACGGCUCGAGAGCGAUAACUCCAGCCCCGGAGCUGAAGGUCCUAAGGAUGGCGCGGAAGACAUUCUUGACCAAGCUGAAGAUGUCUCAAAUGAUGAGAAAGAACAAGAUGAAGAUCGCUCUAUGUUCUACAUUCCUCCAGUUGAUGAUCAAAAUGAACAUGAAGAAGAUGACGAAGAGAAUGAUGCAAAUGAUGAGGAAAACUCAGGUGAAAUGCCUAAGGCUAUCCAAAGUUCUGAUGCUGCCAAAGAAUUAAAGGCACCUUCGAAUGGUAAUACUGAUGCUUCCUCUCUAGAAGAAUUAAAAGCAUUGAAAUGGAGUAAGCCAACGAAAUACCUAAAGGCAAUCAUAAGCGAUAAAGGUAGUUCGAACGACAAAUGCUCCAGCUCCUCAACUAUGUUUGGUGGCUACUUAGUGAGCAAGUCUGCUGAUGAUUUACUCAAAAAUAUCAAAGAGAAGGCUUUAGACGUUGAUCUGCUUCAAGUCUUAGAGAAUGAUCCUUCUGCCUGCUUUGGGAUCAAUGAUCUUUUGAAGCGAGUUGACAUCUUAACCACCUCUCUAGAAGUCGUAGACGUCAUCAUUGAAAUUGGGCUAUUGAUUGAUCAAAUCACUACAGACCUCCAUUGCAUAAAGUACGCUUCGACUAAAAUUCAGAAUAAAACAGAAACACAAGCAGCCAAAUGGGAGGUUGUAACUGAAUCCACCACCAGAGUUUCUUAA